GACACGAGAAAACCUGUCCAACAGAACAUCACGCCAUGCGAUCAGCACGACCUGGCAACGCUGCUGGAGGUGGUGCGAGCGGUAGCAGUAGUAACAUUCACGGCGGCAGUACUCUCGGAGGAGGAGGAGCUGAAGGAAGAAUGCUGAAGAACGCCCACCAUCGCCAGCUGUCAUCGUCGGACGCCGAGGCUGGCGGGCUCCGUCGCGCAGGCAGCAGCGGGUUGCUCAUGUAUAUUUCAAACAGCGCGUCCCGCUCGGCGGGCAUGGCAGGCGGACUGUCGACACCGGAGGGACGCAUGCUGUCUGCAGCGCGAUUGGCCGCCGUGCUGCUGCUCAGCCUGGGUGCCGUGUACCUCGUGGCGCGCAGUGUGUACGAUCCGGUCGAGUACUCGCGCUACUGGAAGCCCGACGUCGAUGCCUGGCAACGCGCCGACAAUGAGCGGCACGAGGCGUCGCGCAGGUUUGUCGACUGGCGGUUGAAGGUGGCGCAGAAUGCGAGUGCGGAUUUCGGUGGUACACAACAACAGCAGCAGCAGCACCAACGGCGAUUACUGUCGCAAGGUGCUGCCGUUGAUGGCGAAACCGAGCCUGCUGGCAUGGCACAACAGUUGAGCGAUGGUGCGCAAGACCAGCUGCAAGGCGCAGACAAGGUGCAAGAUGGAACCCGGCACAUCCUGAUGAUGACGGGCACGCGAGCUGGGCGGAUGAAGAACGCCGAAACAUCGGGUGAUGCAUCCAAAGGCGCCGAUGCGCCUGCCGCCGCCGCAGUUCCGGCACUGACCAGAAGAACUGCUGACACCAAGGGCAGUCCGGACCCAUUGAGCGCUCGGGCGAACGCAGUGGGUGGAGCGUCGUCGGUGCGGCGGAGAAUACACGGCGGCGCCGAUCUCAGCCCCUUCAAGCUCCCACCGGUCACGCUCAAAGAGCGUGAAAUGAUGCAUCAUCAACGCUCUUGGUUCCCGGAGCUGGUCACACCCGAAUCCGGCAAAGAGUCAGUCCUGUGCAUUGGAUUGACCAGCUCUGGCAUGGAAAAUUCUCCGUACUUGGAGGAUUCCGUCGCGUCCAUCCUCAUGCAUCUCAGUCCCGAUGAUGCCGAAAAGGUGUCGUUGGUCCUACUCGCCGAGCAGGAUCAGUACGACGAGGUGGCCGAGCGCUUGUCCCCCUUGCUGCCCGUUCUGCAAGGGCCGGACGCUUCCUACGCGCUGGACGCACAAUCAAAGCCAUCUGCUGCAGCUGCGUCGCGCGCGGCAAUGGAGACGCUCAACUAUGCGUACAUGCUGGAUUUCUGCGCUGCCACCUCCAACUACGUAUUGAUUGUCAAGAACAAUGCGGUUGCGGCGCCGUACUUUGUUCCCAAGUCGCUUGCUGCCAUUGACCGUCUCGAGCAGUCCAUGCCCGAAAACUGGCUGACGCUCAAGCUCUUUUACACUGACUACUAUGGAGGGUUUACCCUGGAAGACCGUAUUUUACUUGCUGUUCUUGGAAUUGCUGGAGGAUUGAUCGUUUCGUACAUGCUGGUCAUGGUCCACUCGCGAACGGCUCGGGCUUUCUACCUCUGGCCCUUGGGAUUCGUGACGGGCGUACUUCUCGUCGUCGCCUUGCCGCUCAUUGCUGGCAAGCAAAACGUCAUUGCCGCGCAGUUUGGCGUCAACCAAGUGUCUGGCGUGUCGAUUCCGGAAGCACAAAUCUAUCCCGCCAACCACGCGGCAGUCUUGAGCCGAUACCUCCGGCAACACGCGCACAGCAAGCCGCUGCAGUCCAUCCUUCAAAGCUACGUGCAGAGCCGGUCUGCCACAGAGUAUCGUCUCGUGCCCGACCUGUUCCAACAAGUCGGCGUGUAUGCUUCCGCCCCGGAGAGCCCAUCUGCCGUGGAGCCGCAGGCCGCCGACCUUGUCAAGACGAGCCGGACCUUUUGGCGCAGUUACGAUGUGCUUGCAACGUUGACAGAGAUUCUCCCAAACCACGGUGCAAUUCGCGAUCAUUCUGCGCUUGCCAGCUACAUAUUUUCGCGGAUACGCUUGGAGCAGUCCGGGCGAUUGUGAAUGAAAAGGCCAAUACAGAAGAUUCUUGAUGUU